UUUGUUAGAAAGUAAGGCUUGGAACACGUCUUCGCGUGUUAAAGAAAUCAUAAUCACGACACGUGUGCGAAGUAAAAGCAUCGAUGGCGCCUGGAAUGUAGACAACCCGCUAUGCUUCGAUGUGUGGCAGGCAGCCUGCCAUCCAGGCGCAACUCGAGCACAGCGUGGCGGAGUAACAACGCAUCAGAGAUCAUGUUUGGUGACAAAAAACGUUUGUUUAUAUUCAGCCUUACUCAACUUUUUUAUCAUCCCAACAAAAAUCUGUACUUAUUUCAAACAUCUCUGUAUUUAUUAAUUAACGUUCAAACAAAUUGUAAGAUUGUUGUAUUUUUGUUGUGACCGACUUCCGUGAUAUAUUAUCAGGGGAAAUGAAAUUUAACAAACAAACGAGCAUGCAAUGUGUAAUUGUGGAUCAAAUUUGCGUUUAACUUGCAAAAAUGCGCGAAGUAUUCGGAUUGUGUAAUGCGGACGACUCGCCGUUAUUUCAAGGUGGUAGCUUGCGAUUUACGUCCGUCCCAUUUCUUCGCGAGACGUUGAAUCGGCAAAUUAUAUCGAUCGUUGACGUUUAAAGUGGAGAGGUGACACAAAGCAGAAUGCUGAAAACCAAAUGUGUCGUGAAUCAAUUGGGAAAAUGGCCAAACGAUCUGUUAUCCUCGUUCCUAACGGCGUCUGUUGUUAUAAGCGGCUUAGCUCUCGUUGCCUUCGUCUCGAUGAUAUUUUGCUCACCUGUGACGAACGAUGACAAUCAUAACUGCUGCGAAUCGAAGAUUUUCGAAAACGAACGUUUCUUCAACGUGUAUUUCGUGAAACAAGCCGCGGAAGUUUGGACCGAGAGAGAAUUUUGCUACAUCGAGGCCGCAGCGAGGAACCAACCCGAAAUGAAUGUAUACGUGAUCAAUUUAAUACGCGCGUCCGACGCGUCGAACACGUCGGAAGACAUUUUCAAAAUAGCACUGACCGCUCAAAGCAACGUCUUCGUCGCGGACUUAUCGGUCAACGAAUUUUUCAGCAAAUCGAAAUUAUCGGGCAUUGCUAACAACCUGAGCAACGGAUUAUUGCUGAUGGCGGCAAAAGCGUAUUUGCUCUGGAACUCUCCCGGAAUUGCCAUGCAUCCUAGCACGUACUGCAAUUUGCUGACCAUCAAUAAGUCGCGAUUGACGAAAAAGAGCGAACAAGAUUACAUGUUCAACAAAUUGACCGUGAUCGAUCCGAAUAUCGAUCUGCAAGCGACGCAAGUGCACUGCCAGGCGUUCCCGGGAUUUUUGCUGCAGGAAAUAUCGCGAAAUAGCACGCAAAUUCACAGUUUGAAGGAUGCGCUCGAUAAAUAUUGUCCAAGGAUCGACAACUGUCCCGAGGUGCAAGUGCUCGAUUUGAAGUCACAUUGUUCGAUGAAUAUUUUCGACUGUCCCGCCGUGUAUACGAUUGGAAAUUUAUAAACAAAAAUCUGA